UGGUGGUAUGAAAGAUGUUGGACAUGGUCUUCUCUCAACACGAUCUGGCAUGGCUGGAUGAUAUCCUGCCCGAGAAGGAAAAGAAGAAAAAAGAGGAUGAAAAGAAGAACACCAAGAAGGACAAAAAGAAAGGCAAAGGAGGGGAUGACAGUGAAGACGACAAGUAUAAACCCAAUACAAACUGCUCCCCCAGUGAUUCGGACUUGGAUCGCAGCAUCACUCUGCACCUGAAGAUCUCCUGUCCGUCAUCCCCGGCGAUGCCAAUGACCAGAGGGAUGUCCUGCCCCAUGCCCCAGGUGAAGAUUGAGAUGGAGUCGGACUAUGACGACACUGAUAUUAACCCUAGAGGCAGACACAGAGAUCACAGGGACAUGAGCAGCGAGACGACGCUAUAAUGUCGGUUCUCCAGUUGUGC